UUCCCUGAGAGAUAAAUUGUGUGUGGUACAAUUGGUCGAGACGGGUACGAGUGUGUCCUUUCGCGUUUCCUGUGAGGGACAAGCCAACAGUCUCUAACCCGCCACCACCACCGGACUCCAAAACCACCACAACACACACUAUCCUUUUGUUUUUGACCUGAGACAACGAGAACAUGGCGGGAAAUAAAGACAGUGACGGCGGAUGGGGGAAAUUUGUGUGGAAUUCAGAGAAGAGAGAGUUUCUUGGACGCACUGGAUGCAGUUGGUUUAAAAUCUUCACGUUCUACUUGGUUUUCUACGGAUGUUUGGCUGGAAUCUUCAUCGGGACCAUUCAGGCUUUGCUGCUGACUUUAAGUAACUACAAGCCCACCUACCAGGACAGAGUCGCUCCUCCAGGUCUGUCACACACCCCACGCUCAGAGAAAUCUGAAAUCGCUUACACUCGGACUGAACCGAGUACAUACAUGCCGUAUGUUAGCAGCAUGAAGAAACUCCUCGAACCGUAUGAGGCUGGCGUUCAGACUGAUGCCAUGAGAUUUGAAGACUGUGGAGGCGUUCCUAACACGUACACUGACCGUGGAAGUCUGGAUAAUGACCUAGGACAGAGGAUGGCCUGUCGUUUCAGCAAGUCUUGGCUCGGCAGUUGCUCCGGGGAGAGUGAUGACACUUUUGGGUUCAGGGAGGGAAACCCCUGCCUUAUUGUCAAGCUCAACAGGAUUGUCAACUUCAGACCAAGGGUUCCUACUAACAAUGACUCACUGCCAGCGGCUCUGCAGAUGAACCAAAAUCCCAACGUGAUCCCCAUUUACUGCAAGAACAAGAGAGAGGAGGACGUGAACAAGCUCGGACCGAUCAAUUACUUUGGCUUAGGCGGUGGCUUCCCCCUGCAUUAUUACCCGUACUACGGCAAAAUGCUGCAUCCCCAGUACCUGCAGCCCCUGGUGGCCAUUCAGUUCACCAACCUCACACUGGACGAGGAGAUCCGCAUCGAGUGCAAAGUAUACGGAGAAAACAUUGACUACAGCGAGAAGGACCGCUAUCAAGGACGUUUCGAUGUCAAGUUCACAAUCAAAUCGUGACCUCAGCCGCGACAAGCGUUCUCAUUUUAGAAACAAAUAAAAUGUAGAGAGAAUUCAGAGAGUUGAGAAAAAAACAAAAAAACACCACUAGUCUUUUGAACAUUCAUAAUAUACAGGACCUACACUUAAUCUGUGUGCUUUACACUAGGCUUUUCUGUGUGUUUGUCGAGGGUUAGAAUGUAAAAUACAAAAAGUAGCAAUAGCAAAUAUUUAUUCUACUGUAAAUGAAAAUAUUCCUUGAGCCAUGGGAUGUGUUCAUCUAUUACUGUAAAACCGCAAUUCCACUACUGACGUGUAGCGUGUUUCUGUCCCCAAAACUAUUUCAUCCUGAUGUGGUUUCUUUAUAUAUUUUUGGAGUGUCCAGUGCCGUAGUCUUGUCCUGUUGUAAUCUCCACUUGUCUUAUGUCAGCUUCGAUGGUCCAAGGUGUGUGUGCGCGCGCGUGCUCGUAUCUGUGUGCAGAUGUGUUAAGUGUAUGUGAGCGAGUGGAGUGUGCGUUAAUGUGCUCUGAUUCAUUCAAAUACAAGCAUGGUACUCUGAACCUUGAAGGCCCAUGUGUGAGUAAAUAACAGCGCUUCAUGGAAUCUUUUUGUUCUGUUUUGUUUUUGCGUCCGUGUGUGUUUCUUUAUCCGACUUGUUCAGGUUGACUGUGCAUUAUUGUUCACCGUUACUUUGCCGUUCACUUCAGCUGUAGGAUUUGAUUUGACGUUUGUGUUUGAUGCGCUUACAUCUGUUCAUUCUUAAUUCAUAGUGUAGAGCUUUGUGGGUCCAGCCUAGACGACUGUCACCUCCAUGGAAUAACAGUGGCAACUCAGUGCUUUGAAAUCUGUUUUGCUGGCGACAUCACAUGAGGUGAUGUCACUUACUAUUGAAUGUUUUAGCCAUUUUCAUGGUGGAAGAAUUUUAUAUUUAUGCAGUUGUACAUUUUUUUUCUUUCAAAGUGUAAUGUAUGAAUCCAAUACCAAAGUCGCUGGUCAAAAGGAUUGAGAAUAUCAGAGGCAAUGCAGUAUCCCGUGUAAUGAGAUGUUUAGUUGGUGUGAAAAUACUUAUUUCAGUGUUGAAGAUCAAAAACACUUGUCAGGAGUCUGCUCUUGUCACUUUAUUUAAUCUGCAAAAGGCUGAAACAAAUAAACAGAAAAAUGAGACAACUGUUAA